AAGUCAUUAUACUUUGUAUGUUUUAAUCAUCUAUACUUGCACUGUAGUAUUUUAUAAUAAAAAUGAAGAUUUUUUGCUUAAUUGUUUUAAUUUUUUUCUCUACGUUAAUAUGUAAUUUAAAGGGCCAACAAACAAAAAAAAAAAUUCAACCAAAAUUCAAUAGAUUAUUUGGAAAUAUUUCACGAGAAUGCUUGAAAGAAUAUGGCGUCACACCAGAAAGAGUAUUGACUGUUUAUACUUUAAAUGUUAAUGACCGAGAAGCAAAAUGUUAUGUUGCUUGCAUGUUGUUGCGAUUUAAUGUGACCACUAGAAAUGGAGGUUACAAUGAUAAGGCAUUGGAACAAUUGAUGGCGAAACCCAAUUCCAAUAAUGAAAUUCCAUCUAAUAUGAAAACGGCUAUAACAAUAUGUGAAAAACAAGUUGAUAAAGACCAAUGCGAAAAAGCGGUUAAGUUCACGAAAUGUAUUUAUGCACACAGAAAUGAAUUUGCAGUUAAGAACAGAGUAAACAGUUCUGCGUCAACUGAUCGUCGACGACCUUUGGCUCAGAGAAAACAAUUUGUACGCCACUCAACCACUUAAUCAUACUAUAUAAUUACUAUGAGUCACUAAAUAGUAUUAUUUUAAAUAUGAUAUUGUUCAUAAUAAUUGCAUUUUAUCUAUAUACUUAUUUUGAUUAUUAUAUGAUUUAAAUCACGGUGUAUGGUUCUAAUAUAAUAAAUAAUAUUAUAUUAAGUACAUAGCAUAUUUAAAUAAUGAUAAUAUAUAUUUCAAUCGCAAUGUGUGUAAUAUUCAAAAUACUCUGGACUGUGACUCGUACUUAACUAUUGUCUAUUUACUAUCAUGUUAAAUAAUAUUUUUGAAACAUGAUUUUAAAAACUAUCGUUGAAUAUUAGAGGGUUAUGUGGCUAUAUACCACAUCACUCAAAAUUCUCAUUAGCUGCCAAGAGCGUCCGGAGAAAUUUUUCAAAAGGGGGAGGGGGCAAUAUAUUUUAAUUUUUGUUUCAUUAUUUGAUAAGUGUUGAAGUUUUGUUUGUAAUGCGUUUUCUCUCAUAUAUUUAGAAACGUAAAAAUUAAACUAUUAAUUAUGUAUAGAUAGUUAGAACUUAAUCUUACAGCAUUCAUUUUAAUUAAUUAAUGUACAAUUUUAUAUUAACAAGAGAAUUUUUUUUAUAAAAAAUAAAAUGUCACCAUUGAUUCAAUAAUUUUAGGUUGUUUA